ACAGCUCGGCUCGCUUCAGCCCCGCUCGGUCCUGUAGCGCUGCUCACUCGGGCUUGCUCCGUGCCGCCGAGCGAGGGCUGCGCUGCUGAGGCCGAGAGAGAGGCGGUGUGAGGAGGGAGCGAGCGAGCAGCGAGCAGGCGAGGCUCGAGUUAGGCGAACAGAACAGCGGCUGCAGCUCGAAGCGCACCCCGGGGCAGGCAGCAUGACGGCGUGGCUCGGCUUCCUCGCCGUGUUCCUGUGCAGCUGGAGCCUGCGGGACCUGGUGGCGGAGGCGUGCACUUGCGUCCCCAUCCACCCGCAGGACGCGUUCUGCAACUCCGACAUCGUGAUCCGUGCUAAAGUUGUGGGGAAGAAGCUCAUGAAAGAUGGACCAUUUGGAACAAUGCGAUACACAGUCAAGCAGAUGAAGAUGUACAGGGGCUUCCAGAUAAUGCCACACGUUCAGUACAUCUACACAGAAGCCUCAGAGAGUCUUUGUGGUGUGAAACUGGAGGUCAACAAAUACCAGUAUCUGAUUACAGGCCGCGUGUACGAAGGGAAGGUUUACACUGGCCUGUGCAAUUGGUAUGAGAAAUGGGACCGACUGACUCUGUCCCAGCGUAAAGGACUGAAUCAUCGUUAUCAUCUGGGCUGUGGAUGCAAGAUUCGGCCCUGCUACUAUUUGCCCUGCUUUGCCACCUCCAAGAAUGAGUGCAUUUGGACAGACAUGCUCUCCAACUUCGGCCACUCAGGACACCAAGCGAAGCACUAUGCCUGCAUCCAGAGGGUGGAAGGUUACUGCAGCUGGUAUAGAGGAUGGGCGCCUCCAGAUAAAACGAUCAUCAAUGCCACAGAUCCCUGAGCAUGCUGUACCUUCCUUAUCUUCCCUCUCCCUUACUUGUGGCUGAUCUUCCUUUGGACACUAACUCUUACCCGAUCAUGAUGAUGACAAUGAAAUUAGUGCCUGUUUUCUUGCAAAUUCUAGCACUUCGAACACUUAAAAAAAAAAAAAAAAAAAAAAAAAAGAGAGAGAGAGGAAAAAAAGGAAAGAAAAAAGUCUGUGCUACCUUACUGAAUUUGUAGUAGUUACCUUUUCCAUUUUUGAUACCACUCGUUUUGGUCAGAUGACGUUUGGGAGCUUACUUUUGCACACCAGAGGGAAAAAUGGAGGAAAAAAGAAAAAGUGGAGCUCUUGCUCUCUUACAUGUAUCGUUAGCUGUAGCAAUAUAAUCUCUAUUUUUUUAGGAAAACAAAAAUCUAAAAACUAUGCCAAUUAGGCACUGUAUUCUUCUGUGCGCUGGCUUCCCCUCGCCCCUCCUCAUGCACUAAAUGCUGAAAAUGCGUAGACAAAUCUGUUUAAAGGCAAACAGGUUUCAUUAAUCAGAUUGGCAGAUGAAGCAAACUGAAAAGAAACCCAGCUUAAACUCUGGAUAAAAAUGACAUCCAAGAGAAAUCCUCCUCUAUGGACGAGAUUGGCAAUGUGAUUGACUCCAGCGGUGGGAGAAAUUCACCUGGUGUGUCUGACCGUAUCAUCUGGUAAAAGCAUUGUUGGCUGACUAUCCUAGCUAAUGCAGUCACAGUGUGAAUGCAACAGCACAUUUAAAGUUCUGGCUUUCUCCAGAACAAAGGAGAGAGUAUUUUGUAUUUUUGUUGUUGAAAAGCAAAAGCCCUAUCCCCUGUGUUCAGGGAGGUAAAUCCACCUGCAGCAGAGCAGAUAAAAUGUUGUGGCAUCCUGUUUUGAACAGCGUUGGUCCCUGAACUCUUUGCAGCUCAGCAUCAUCAGCACAAACAGCUUGUAAACACCUUAAACCAAACAUGCAAAAAUACCAACUGUAAAUCAAUCACAUGGGAGAGGGAAAGGGGAGACUUGCUAGAGCUCUUACUAUAAAAAAAUCUAUUGCCAAAAUAGUGUUUUGCUGAACUAAGAUGUAUAUACAUACACAUAAUGACAUAAGCUAUUUUUGACAGGACGUGGAAAUUUUUUGGUGUUAGAAACAAAAGAAUGGUUUGAUUGUGUUUUAAAGACAGAAAUAUUGACAUUCCGAGUCAGUGAGUUGUUCUUAAGAUAUUGAAGCUCCAGUGUAUCUGCAGUAGUGGCUACAGUCAUUGUUUCCUCUGUACCCCAGCACCACAGUUCCUCCCUGCAGCUACACUGGCUGUGUUUGUUUAUACAGCAAGAGGAAGUUGGGGGGGGGGGGGGGGUCUAGGCAAGGAAGAGUGGUCUCCUAAUAAGUGCUGGCUGGGAUCAUAAAAUUUCAGCUGCCCAGAGGAUUACUUCUGUGUCAAGUGCUGUUUUCCCCCUCUAGGCACUGUAAAGCAUAGAUCUGUGCAUGUGCUCAUACUGUGUCCUGCAGUGAUGUGGGAGGAGGAGCCUUACUGUCUUGUGCUUUGCUGUUGACUGGAGAAGUUUUUUUGUUCUAUUUUGUUUUUUAUUAAGAAAACUAUAAUAUAAUUUUUCUUAUCAAAUAAAAGUAUUUUAAGUUUUAAUGAUGGUGAAGAAGGGGUUCUGACAAAAUGGGUGACUGAGUUUUGAAUGGGGAGGGCUUGGGCAGGGAGAAGAUUAUGCUUAACUUCAUUUUUGUAUUAUUAUGAUUAUUUAUCUUAAGUUUCCAUAUAUCUUCAAUUCAUUCCACUUAGAAAGCAGAGCUGCCACCAGCAGGAGAAAGUGUUGCAGCGAUCCCAGCCCAGGACAAUACAGCGUUUUAUAGUCAGUGACCUUCUCAACUAUUGGAGAGUUGUUUGGGGCCUCUUUGCUAAAUGGAAAGGAAUGGAUGUCUGAGAUGGGUCCUGAUGCAUUUUUGUGGCUCUUCUAUGCUACCAGUGCUUUGGCAGAUGUACAUGCCUUGAAAUGCCCCACUCACUAGGUGAAUUGUUACAGCAAAAAGUGUUACAGCUUCAUUUUCAGCAUGAGCUUUAAAGGGCAUUUUCAAAGAGCUGGAAUAGGAGGCACCUAGGUUUGCUGUGUAUUUUUUUUUUCCAGCUGCUCUGAGUGGCAAUACAGAACUCAACACACUGAAAAUCCAUUGGAUUUUCCUGUGAUUCAGGCUUGAAACACUUUUCAAAAAGUCCUCUUCCCUGUGACUACUCCUAAAUUAUAGGUUGGAGAUGAGAGGGAGAGUAGGGUGCUUCGUAGCACCCAUCAUAGGUUCAGGUCAAGAGCUUUGCCCCUUUUGGCAGAGAUGGGAUCAGGCUUUUGGACACAGUGGGGCAACCUCUGUUUGAGCUGUGCACUGCCAACAAGAUCUCCGAGGGCUCAAUCUUAGUUGAGUGCAGAGUGGAGCCAACCUGGCCAGCAGGGAUGCUUCCACCCUCACUGUCCACACUGUGUGGAGUCAGCAGUUCUGGAGAUGCUCCUCAAGCUCAAAGCGACCUCGCAAAGCUGAUGUUUCUUUGAGCUGCAGCCACUUAUCACGGCUUCGGACGCUGAAUGAGAAUGCCCCUCGAAGCAGUGAGGUGUUGAUUUUUCAUGUAAUUGCAGCUCUGCAUAUUUUACCUGUCACUGAUUCAUGUAGCUAUAGCUGAGACAUCACAGUAUUGCACUCCAAUUAUUGUGAAAAUAUUUUCAUUCUAAUGCUAUGAGGGCUUGUGUCCCCAAGUAGGAUAUAACGUAGCUAUGUGCUUUGUAAACAACAAAACAGCAACCACAUUACCAGAAAAUGAAUUGAAUUCACAUUUUAUAUUGCAGACGGUAAAAUAUUUCUGAGAUGCAUACAGCUAGACCAGCAAGGGUUGGGGUUUGGUAGCAAAUAGUUUCCCUUGUUGUGUAAAGAAACAGUUGUUAAGACUUUUAAAAAUGUGGAGCCAAAAGGAGGGGGAAGAAUCCAGUAAAAAUACAUUUCUUUUGGGAAGCUACUUAAUUUUGUUUCUUUGCAUGCUAUCAGGGACGUGUGCUUCUUGAGCUAAGCUUUAGCUUGUGCUUGCAUUAAGGACCUGCCUGAAGGUUCCCUUGAAGUAGAAGGGAGCUGUUAACGUGGCUUGUAUGGGCUCUAAUUCAGACUCUAAGACUUACUCCUUUCUCUCUGUGCUCUCCUUUCUCCUAUCCCGCUAAGUCACUACUGCCUGUUGUUAGAUAAAGCUCAAAGCAAUCAAGAAACAUUUAGAUGUUGUACUAAGGGACGUGGUUUUGUGGGGAAGUAUUGGUGGUAGACAGAUGGUUGGACUAGAUGAUCAUGGAGGUCUUUUCCAACCUAGGUGAUUCUAUGAUUGUUCUCAGUUGUUAGAACACACCAUGAAGGAUGUGGGCCCUGAGAGACGGGAUGUGAGGAGGCAGGUAUGAAGUUCUCCCCCAAAUACUGAGUACUGGAGCAUGCAGUGGCUAACACAAAUCACCUCUCCCAUGCUCCUCACUUUACCCUGCAAUCAAAGAUCAGAUGGAAACUAUCAACUGCCCAGCUCGUGUGAGCAUAAUCUUUGGGCACAGGUAGGAUGAGGGCAAUUUUCCCCUCUAUACACCAACGUUGUUAGAAAUUCUCUUGCUUUUUAAAUUAUAAUUAUUUAUAUUUUCCCUUCUUUGCUUGAGAGUGUUUCCCCCUUAGAAAUUAUAAAAAAGUAUUAAAAAUAUAUGGAAGGGUAGGGAAUAAUUGAUCUCGAUUUUUCUUUCCAAAAAGGGAAGUGAUAGAGAACAGGAAGAGACCUGUGCUAGGAGUACCUUGACUAAAGUCCUCUUGGGAUCACUGAGAUACUGCGGUCCCCCUCUGUGGUAGGCUUCCCUCACUCCUCCAUGGGACAAAACUGCAAGUUUAGGACUAAACUUCUCAUGUUUUGAGAAAUUGCAUGGCCUUUUACAGAGCUCUAUUUGGAAACCUAAACGUAUCACCAUAUUCCAUUCAUGCUGGUUGGAGUACUAUCUCAGGGUGAUUAAUGGCAAACACACUGCGGUGUUUUUCACAGUAAGGGCUCGAAGUAAAAGCCUCCAUGGGAACAAACCUCCAUUCUUUCAGAUGUCUUUGAAAAAUAUAUUUAAAAUGUCUGUUCUAGCUUAGAAAGGCAGGGCAGAUCUUUUGCAGAACCUUUUUAAAUUGGAAUAAGUUUCUUCUGGUGUUACCAGUCUUGACAACAAGCUUACCACUCUGCUAAGCACUGCUGCUUUGCCUGUACUGGUUUCCCAUUCUCUCUGACACUACCCUUCCUUCAAAGAGCCACUCUGCUGUUCCUGAUAGUCAUGGAAAUUUGGGGAGGGAACCAAACCUGCGUGAAAAAUCUUGUCCAGAAGGAAUGUAUUUGUUGCUAAAUUUUCUAGCACUGUUUACAGUUUUCCUCCAUGUUAUUUAUAAAUUUUAUAUUCAGUGAAUGUAUAUUGUCUUUUAAGGUAAUGUUGCAUAAUGUUCACUUUUUAUAGUGUCCUUUUAUUCUAAACAGUAAAGUGGUUUUAUUUCUAUCACAGACA